CCGGUUUCCUCCCCUCUCCGCACGAACGCAGAGAUAGCAGUGUAGGAUUCAAGUCGCCAAUCGAUCGAGCGACUCUACCAUACCUUUUUUCGACAACUGCCUGAAGCCAGGGAUCUUUCGUCCCUGUCCCUCUUUUUCAUCCAUGGGCAACUGCAUUAAUGCCGAUGCCGAUCCCGAUCCGGAAAGGGAUUCUUUCGCAGAGGGAAAGGCAGCCAAUGGAGACGUGAAAAAAUCGCCGGAGGCAAAUAAGCCAACCGAUGGAAACGUAAAGACUUCCCCCAAGUCAAAGUCGACUGCCGCCACCGACAGCAACAUCGAUAAGCGGCGGCAGAAUCAGAAAUCUAGAUCGACAAACUCUGGCACCGGCGGGUCCAUCCAUAGCGGCCUUAUGACGGAGUAUAAGGUCRACGUCUACAAGAAAUACACCGAAAUGGAGGUCUUGGGCAACGGCAGCAUGGGGCACGUCGCCAAGGUGGUUUUAAAGGAGGGCUUCAUGGCUAGCUCCCGGGGAUCGUUCUCCUCGAGCAGCAUCGACAGACCAUCGGGCACMGUGKCCAGCUACGCCCUCAAGAGCAUCAUUCUUGACCGAGUGUCCAAGUCAUUUAUCGAUGAGCUCAAGAACGAGAUUGACAUCCUCAAGGCGAUGGAUCAUCCCAAUAUUGUCCGGCUCCACGAGGUCUUUUCGCACAAGAAGCAGAUCUACAUGAUCCUGGAGCUCUGCGACGGGGGUGAUUUGUACACGAGACUCCCUUACACGGAACAGGAAUCGGCCUACAUUGUUGGCAAGCUGCUGUCGGCCAUCAAAUACAUGCACGACCACCKAAUUGUCCACAGAGAUCGUAAGUAGGAAUUUGAUGCCAAUGCGACGAUUAUUAGAAGAAAGAUAGGAUGCAGGAACAGCAUUCGUAACAUAUGGAUGGUUGAAAAUGCAUAAAUGCACUCAAUUGAAGGUUCUGUAUUUUUCAAUUGUUAACUUUUUGUUGUUUCGUUUCUAUCAUCUUUUCUUUCCUUCCGUGGUUGGAUACGAUUGACCAAAAACGCAAACUAAACACAACAACAACAUUCAAUUCAAAAUUAACGAAAUCAACAACAGUCAAAUUCGAAAACAUCAUGUUUGAAAGCAAGCGCCCCGAUGCGGAAAUCAAGGUCAUCGAUUUCGGUUUGUCGAAAAAGUUUGCUUCCAACAAGAUGGGCUACAUGAGGGAGGGAGUCGGAACAUUGUACAGCAUGGCUCCUCAGGUCCUGCAGGGCGUGUAUACAUCACAGGCCGACAUGUGGUCCGUGGGUGUUAUUACUUACAUGCUUCUCUCUAGCCACCGGCCUUUUUACAACAAGARACGAAAGGUCAUGAUCGAUCGAAUCAUGCGGUGCGACUACACCUUUGAGAAGGACUACUGGAGACCCAUUAGCGCGGAGGCCAAGGACUUUAUCGAUMACCUGCUGGUGGUGGAUCCGAAGGUCCGGUACCGAGCUAAGCACGCGCAGAAACACGAGUGGAUGCAUAAGGAAUUCAAGGCAGAGGACCGGGCUCCCACGGAAUCAAUGACGGGACGCGUUACAAAGAACCUCCUAGCGUAUAAGAACAACUCAAAUCUCAAGAAACUCGCGCUUAACUUUAUUGCCCACCGUUCCACUACCGCCGACAUUAUCAACUUGCGCAAGGCCUUUGACCAGAUGGACACGGCCAACAAUGGCGUCAUCACGUCGGAAGAAUUCGAGACGGCCCUGCUGGACAAAGGGAACUACUCCGCCGAGGAGAUCAGGGAAAUGUUCGAAUCAAUCGACAUCAACCAGAACGGACACAUUAUGUACACGGAAUUUAUCGCCGCCAGUCUUGAAGCCCAGGGUGAGCUCGAUGAGGAUCGUAUCGCUGAGGCUUUUGACCGGCUUGACGUCGACAAAACGGGGAAGAUCUCGAAGGAGAACAUGAUGGAAUUCUUUGGCGACACGGAGAUGACGCACGAUGAGGUGGAGCGYAUGAUCGAAGAAGCAGACACAGGCAAGACCGGCUUCGGUGAGUUUCGUCGUCGUYAUUGUGGUUGUGGUUGUAUAGUUUAAUGCUGGUUUCUCAYUUUUUGUUUGUUCACUUUGUGCAUGUUGCAACUCAUUCUUUCUCAAACACAAUUGCUGGAUGUUUUGAUUCGUUUGUUUGAUUUCCUUUGCAAUAGUCUCGUUCGAAGAGUUUUUGGCCAUGUUMCGGUCUGACAACGAGUCCACCGCUUCUAAUAUGCUUGGUAGCCUCAAAAACUAUGAUUUGGCCCACACCAGCGAUGUUAUGGAGAGCAACCAUGACAGUAGCGCCGAAGAUGUCGAUGAGUCGAACCUUGUCGGCCUCGAUACGUUUAUCCCGGGUGGGAAAUAUGAUUCGGAAAAUGCCGAGCAAGAGAAAUAAUCCACUCCGAUCAAACCUCGCUUGAAAGAAACCAAAAGAGAUCAU